AUGAGCAUCUUAAGUCUUCAGGCUUUACUCAGUGCAGUCUACUGCCUUUCUUCAGUAUUGGCGUUGACAAUCACGGAAGAUACAGUUGUCGAUUCUCCAAUUAAUUUACAAAUUGGAAACCUCAAUAUCAAUGAAGGUGUCUCCUACAGUAUCCUCAAUAAUGCACUUACAGCUCUCGGGGGAAACUUGGAUAACAAGGGAAACUGGUAUGUGAGAUCCACCAACGGCUUGGCUGCUUCUGUUAGUGUUGCAUCUGGUAGCAUUCUCAACUCCGGCAACAUUGUCUUUGAUACCUUGCAGGCAAGCGUCAUCAGUAACUACAACUUGGAUUCUAUUGGAACUUUCUCAAACGACGGAAACAUUUGGAUUGGUUUGAGUGCCUACUCUUUGGUACCUCCUAUUAUUCUUGGAUCUGCAUUGGACUGGAGCAACAACGGAAAAAUCUACCUCAAGCAGGAGCAUGGAAGUGCUUCACCCAUCACCAUUUCCCAAGUUCUUGGAACUAUCAAGAAUGAGGGUACCAUUUGUCUUGAGCGUACAAACUGGGUUCAAACCACCACUAUCAACGGUGGUGGUUGUGUCAGUGUUUUGGACAAUGCCCACCUUCAGCUUGAAGUCACCCCAUGGGGUGUGUCUGACAAGCAGACCAUCUACCUUUCAAGUCCAUCUUCUUCAUUAUCUGUUCUCGGAUUAGAGCCUAGUCUUUUGGGCACCAAGACAUACAAUGUUGUUGGUUUUGGUGGCGGAAACGAGAUCAGACUGAGCACUGGCUUCUCCAACUGGGCAUACAAAGAUGGCGUCUUGACCCUUUCUUUCUUCUUCAACGUCUUCAAGGUUGACUUCAACAUUGGCGAAGGUUACUCCGACUCGCAAUUUUCCACUAACGGUCCUGGCAAUACUGGUACAAGAAUCUCAUACAGCGGAGCACCAAACGGCGAUGUUCCAGACAAGUGCUUGUGUCAAGAGUUCCCAGACGAGCCUUCCGGUUCGAGUGAGCUUCCAUCUCAGACCUCUGAGCCAGACACUUCGUCCACAUCUGAGCCUAAUACCACUUCUGAGCCUGAAACAUCUAAUACCAACGGUGCACCAGAUGAGCUGGAGACCUCGGAGCCUCAAUCGAGCACUGACAACACUUCCGAGACUGACAACACUUCUGACACUGACAGUACCGCAGACAAUGGUGACAGCUCUACCACUGAAGGUCCUACUGAUAGCGACAACACUUCAGACACUGGAAGCGAGACCGGCACUGAUAACACUUCUGAAACUGGCAACACCAGUGACGAUGGAAACACCAGUGACAACGGAAACACCACCAAUGACGGAAACACAAGCGAUAGCGGUAACACCACCGAUGAUGGAAACACUUCUGACAAUGGCAACACUACCGAUGAUGGCAAGCCUACUGAUGACGAUUGCGAGCCUACUGACGAUGGUGGCCAGACUGAUGACAAUGGACCCACCGACGACAACGGAAAAACAACUGAUGACAAUGGAAAGACCACUGAUGACGGUAACAACGGUCCUACAACGUACACCACCACUUCGAAGGUUGUCAUUGUCACCACUGACUCUGAAGGCUGCUUGACCACCACAACUUCUCCGAUUGACGACAACGACAACGGCAACGGUAACGACAACGGUAACGGCAAUGACAACGGCAAUGGUAAUGACAAUGGCAAUGACAAUGGCGAGGGCGACGAAACCGAUUGUGAUGAAGAGCCAAUUGUGCCACCACGCACAACCACCUACGUUACAGACAAGACCACCGUCACCGCUGUCGUUUGUGAAACAACCGUGGAAGGAAUCGUCACCGUCACAACCUCUAUUUGUCCUCCUGAGAACGAAGACCAUGAGAACAACGAAAAGCCCGCUCCUAACGGUCCAACUGAGACAAAGCAGCCUGGUGGAGACAAGCCAGCGCCAAAUGGUCCUACGGAAACUAAACAGCCUGGUGGAGAAAAGCCAGCACCCACGCCUGAGAGACCUAACACUGAAGCAACAGAAACCAUUCAAACUACCGCCUACAUUUCGACCUACGAAGGUGGAGCCACUCUUCCAAGAUUUGGCGCUGAAUGGGUGCUUCCUAUUGCACUUCUUGCUGUGUUAUAA